AUGUUGUCGUGUACCGUGAUUCCUGGAAAAGAUUUUAGACAAGUGAAGGAAGAGAUAAGAUCAUCUCCAAAGUAUCAAGUCAUGUUUGAUGGUUUAAACAGGGGCGGGAUAUGGCGAAAAUUUCCAUUGAUAAAAGAAAAGUUUAAGUCUGCUAGCAAGAAAGAGUGCGAGUUGUAUGACUUUACAACGUCUGCGGAAACUGACAUAGACAGCGAUGAAGAAAAACAACACAGGCAGAGGAAAAAGCGUGUUCUGGAAGAUUUUUAUACUGGUGAUGACUGUGAGGAAGAGAGACCAAAGAAACAGUCACUUAACACAAGAGUUCAGGAAGUGGACGAAAAAGGAAAGAGGGCUCAAAAAGAUUUCAGUAAAGAAUUCCCAGAUCCACCAAUAAAGUAUGUAGCUUCUUUUGCUAAAGAUCCAGAUAACUCAGGCUCUGUUAGGUCCAUUCAUGAGAGAGCAGAAGUAUCCCCACCAGAGAUGUCACCAAACUUGAGGAGAGAACAAAAACCGCUAGUGGAAGUCGUCCACAAAAUUCUCAAAAUCCAGACAACCCAAGUUAAUCCUCAGAAUCAUAGUGGUUUAAAACAAGUUCCCCACUCACCAUACAGCAUUUCACAAGAAAGUUUGGCAAGGUCCAGUCAUGAGACUGAGAGAGAAGAGGUGUCCCCAUCAAACUUGGACAACAUAUCACCAAGACGUUCACCGCGAAAGCUUGUGGAGACAGCAAAAAAAGUUGUCCACAAAAUUCUAAUCAUGGAAAGAUUACAAAAUGAAAUCCGCAUAAAAAAGUCCCCCACUCACCAUACAGCAUUUCACAAGAAAGCUCUGCAAGGUCCAGCCGAGACAGCCAAGAGGCGUCUCUUUCAGAUUUUGAGAGGUCGCCAAGACGUUCUCCCAGGAAGCUUAUAAAGACUAUUAACAUUGCCAGUGGAAGCCAUCAACAAAAUUAUCAGGAUCAGCAGACUACCCCUGUAAAUCCACGCAAGCAUUUGACCCAAAUACCUAACUCGGGGAAAAGCUCUCCAUUUCCCAUGUCACAGGAGAGGUUCCAAAGAAAAGUGAUUACUAUUCUUGCCGAAAUAAAAAUGGACCUGGAUGAGCUAUGGGACAGGAGCCAGAUGGGGUUGCCAGGGGACGCGAGAGAUAUUCCUCUACAGGCAAGAUCGGUAGGAGUUUGAA